AUGAAAUAUUUUUACUGCAUUGUAUUUUUCCUCCCAAUAUUUUGUUGUUUCAACAUCGCUAACAACAAAAAACUCCUUAUGUUAUAUCCAAGGGAACAAGUAAUGGAACGAUUAUUGGAAAGUUUACCAAAAAGGGACGAUGAGCAUGUAGUAAAUACACGCAAUGAUGGAAUAAGCGCAUAUAUGGUACGGAAGAGAAAUAAUGCGGAAUUGGUGAACCAUAUAUUGAAAAACUUGAAUGAAGUCGACCUUCUUGGUGAAGUGGGACGAUGA